CAAAUGGCCCAUAAGAUUCUUCACGUAAAUUUAUGGGUUUUCACGAGGAGUUAAAAAAAAUACACACAAUAAAUUGGAUAACGUUCAAGAGGUUUCCCGUGGUGAGCUUCAAGAAGAAGUUCCUAUUAUCGAGUGUCUUUGAAGGCAGCAGUGAUAUUAAACGCAAGCAGCCAAGCCAAGCACCCUCACCUGGCAACGCUGUUGCAAAUUAACCAACAACGUCUAGCACCUCUUCUGGUGACUUGCAUUUUCGGUUAAAAAUGUACUUUGAUAUAUUAGGAGAGAAAAUCGUGUGUUAAGUGCCAUACAGCGGAUUUUAACGUAUUCGCUAUGGUGUUCUUCAACGAGCCCAGCUAACCUAGCGCUAGGCUAACCUAGCCUUUCUUCAAUUUAGCAUCGAGUUAAAGCUAAACCGGGGCCGACCGAAUAUGGCGAUUGUAUCCGGCUCCUGCGUUCGGGUCAACGGCUCCCGGACCGGGCCUUCCUCCUCGGCGGUUUCUGCGGCGGCCACCCAUACCCCUUCUCCGCUGUCAGGCCAUUCGCAGCCCAUGAUAGCCGUGUGGGAAUGGCAGGACGACCUGGGCCACUGGCGGCCGUACAGUGGCCAGGUGAGCGCUUACAUCGAGCGCUGCCUAUCGCCGCGGGGCCACCGGGGCGGCACGCUCGGCGCGGCCACCAUCUGCCUGGGACAGUCGGAUCCCAGCCUAUCGCCUUAUCUUAUUGACGUGGCGAGCCUGAAGCAGUUUCGACAGGACACGGGAAAGACCCGUUCUGUGCGGCGCUCUCUGUUCGCCCAAUCUUCGGGCCUGGGUAGCGGUGUGUACUGGGAGUGGGCCAACGAUGAAGGUGGCUGGACGCCCUAUGAAACCCGUACCUCCAUCCUCCUGGAACACAGCUACCAGGCCAGGCAGGGCACGGCCGACCUGGGCCCGCACGGCUAUAACUACAUCGUGGACCUGACCUCCCUGGCCCAGGUCAACAAGUCGUCGGGCUUCAGGCGGCAGGUGCGGCGUCAAUGCAACCUGCCUUAUCCGCUGGCCUCCUUCGGACCCCCGGCCAUCCCCUCUGCGCUCCCGGCCGGCGUCCCUUUGUCCUCCGCCUCCUCCCAGGCAGCCCCGCCCUGUUCCUGCCAACAGUGUCUGAGCCACGGGGGAACGGGCCCAAUGCCCAGCCGUUCGCGCCACUCAUUCUCAUCGGGCAGCCUGAACCGUCCCAGUCUGCAAGGGACGAGCAGGGCGACAGCAGCAGCAGCAGCAGCGGCGGCGCACCCAACCUCAGUCUAUUCCCCUUACCCCCGAAGGCCCCUUUCUGUCGGGGCUAUGUCCUGGGGCACCCCCUGGCCACCCCCCCCUUCAGCUAGCCCCCUUAUGAGCAGCUCUUCGAGCGCAAACGGCCUAAGCAUUCCUUCCAUCCCCGUUCAGCUCAACGGAUCCACCAGCGUCAGCUCAGCCCUGGCAGGCAUGGCCUCCAUUUUGAUGUCAGCGGUCGGACUGGGCGUGCACUUCACCGCCACCGCCCCACACCCGCAGCCUCCGCCGCCACAUCAGCAUCUGCCGCCUCAGCAAUUCUCGCUCCCACCGCUGCCGCCUCCCGUCCGGUUCCCCCCCGCCGGCAGGCCCAGCAAGCCCCCCGCCAGCGGCAGUUCAGUUAAGCGAGCCAAGAGGCAGCACAGGAGAGCUUGUGUUCAGAGAGCCGAGGAGGUGAUCCAGCGUUACAUGGAGGCGGUGCCCGGUGUCCCCGAUGAGGAUUGCAUCAUCUGCAUGGAUCAGCUGUGCAAUCCCUCAGGCUACGAGAUGCCGGUGUCAGCCACAGCUGAGGAGGCCAGUCAGGGCAUCCCACCGGGCGCCGUGGGAAAGUUUGUCAAGUGUGGGCACACCCUGCAUAUGCUCUGCAUGCUGGCCAUGUACAACAAUGGCACAAAGGACGGCAGCUUGCAGUGCCCCUCGUGUAAGACAAUCUAUGGCGAGAAAACUGGCACCCAGCCAAAAGGCAAGAUGGAGAUUUACAGCAUCCCUCAAGCACUGCCCGGACACCCGGACUGCGGAACCAUCCAGAUCAUCUACAGCGUCCCGCCUGGAAUACAGGGACCGGAGCAUCCUAACCCAGGCCAGCCCUUCACCUGCCGGGGUUUCCCCCGCUUCUGCUUCUUGCCGGACAGCGACAAAGGCAGAAAGGUCCUGGAGCUGCUGAAGGUUGCAUGGAUGCGCCGUCUCAUCUUCACCGUGGGCACGUCCAGCACUACCGGGGAGCCCGACACAGUGGUGUGGAACGGUAUCCACCACAAGACGGAGAUGAUGUCCAACCUGUCGGGACAUGGCUUCCCGGACCCCAACUACCUUGACAACGUCCUGUCCGAGCUGGCCUCUCAGGGCGUGACUGAGGAUUGCCUCAAGGCCCCUGGCGGCAGCUAAAUUACCAGUUACCCCUUCCAAAAAACUUUUAAGUACCGAAAGGGAACCUGUUUGACACCAGGCGGCGGUAUAAACGUCAACGGACAUGCACUGGAAUCGGGGAGAAGCCAAAUUUUCCACAGUCGGGUGUCGUAUCAGAGCCGUAAGAGACCCAAAUGCUUUAAAGGAAACGUGGUACACUGCGAAAGUUAACACGGUCGCGCUAAUAAUCCGCCUUUUGCUAAGGGUCGACAUACCUGCAACCCUCAAACUGGAAAAUCAUUUUUGUUGUGUAUUUUGCAUUUCUAGCUUCAGCCGCUUCAUCUCCCUGCUAAAUAAUUCAAAAGCAUAGACUGGCAGAAAUGCUCAGCAGCCUAACCAUUCUGGUGUCACCUACUGGUAGCUGGUGAAACCAGCAAGACUAUACGCUAUCAAGCACCUCUGCUGUUAUUAAGCAGCCCUUGUCGGGUCACCAUGACAGCACCGACACUCAUAAAGCACUUUAGUUGUUACGGCGCAUCGAGAACUGCGACUUAAACUGGUGAAAGUUAUGCAAUUAAAAGCUUACUUGAUGAGAAGUGGCAACAGUGGAUGGGAGAAGAAAAUGUAGACAAUUAGUGAAGGGGUGACCAAAAAAAAAUUAAGAUAUUUAACACUAAUAUUCUUUAGCCAGCGUAAUAACAGAAUUCAGCACUGUUGCACUAACGUGAUCCAUUGACCUUUCAGCUGCCAUUGAUAAGAUGUCCACUAUCUUCGUCAUGGUAGUGAGUGAUUAGAAACAAGCGCGUGACCACAAACGAGUGUACUUUUCCCGAACUCAACACCAUACCCCAAAAGAGCUCCCGCCGGUGACAAUCAAGGCCUCACUUCCUGUAUAAGUCACUGCAAUAAAAAUGAUUAAAAAUAAUGACCAAUAGUCUGAGGUGAAUGGGAGAAUGAUGUGAACCAUGAAACCAAGCAAGGCAACACAUUUUAUUUGGAAAGGCCUAAUUGGCGUUAAGGUACAGCAUGUUUACAUGGGGGUUAGUCACUAUAGCAUUCUUUUAAGUCGGGGACAAGCCCUGCUUGAUACAUUCAAAUUGACUCAUGUUAUGGUACAUAAUGCUAAUAAGUGUGGAAAACGUUUUGAGCAUUUAUUCCAGAUCUUUGCAGCUUAAAUUUCACAGACCAGUUGGCUCUGCGAGUACAAGUGAAGCGCUAGAUGUAAACGCUCAAACGGCUUUCGAUAAAUGCGCCUGGAUACAAAAAGCUGGUUCAACUCAAAACUCCAUAGACUGGUAACAAAAAUGAUUUUGAAACAGUCACGUCCAUAAGUAUUGGGACAUCAACACAUUCCUUUUUUUUGGCUUUAAACAUCACAAUGAAAUAAACAAGCUUUAAUUGGAAGUAUUUACAACAGAACUGAACAAAAGCAGCAGGGGUCAUUUGUUAAGUGUUGCGGAUGCUUCUCGGCAUUUUUUUUUUUUUUUUUUUGAAGGAAGAGGAAUGUCAAAAAUUGA